UUUUGCUUCAUGACGCUAUGCUAGCAGGCUAAGCUAUUUAGAGUCAGCCUGAGAAAUACCAAAACAGAAGCUGUGAAUGUGUGUCUUCAAAGUAAAUGAAAAUGCAUUAGCACUGACUUAGCACGAACACUAUAUUGAGUUGAGUUUCGGGUGGCGGGAUGCUCCGGGAGGCCUACCCCUUCGUGGAGGACAGCUUCAGCCGCUUCCCGUCGCAGAGCAACAUCUACGGGCUGUGUCAGGCCGGGCAGCAGGAGCUGUUAGCGGCCACUCUCAAAGGGAAGGUAGUGUGCUUCAGGUACCAGGAGCCGCAGCACAAAAUCCGACCUGUGGCCAAGGAGGUCCAGUUCACCUACAUCCCAGUCGAUGCAGAGAUCGUGUCAAUCGAUGCCUUCACUAAGUCUCCACCCAAAAGAGGCCUGGUGGUGGGCAUCACAUUCGUAAAGGACUCUGGAGACAAAGCCACUCCGUUCCUGAACAUCUACUGUGACUAUGAGCCCGGCUCGGAGUUCAACCUGGAGUCUAUCGCACAGAGCUGCCUGAAUCUGGAGCUGCAGUUCACGCCCUUCCAUCUCUACCACACAGAGGUGCAGAGUGAGGAUGAAGGCAGAGAGACGGUGUUCCUACUGAGCGGCCAUGACCAGAGGAUCCACCUGUACAAGGAGAACUCCUCCCUUCACCAGUUUGAAGAGCAGCCGGUGGAGAGACUCUUCCCUGAACUAGAAGAUCUGCCCAGCAAUGUGCUGUGGUUGGAUAUGCUGAGUGUCGCUGGUGGCCGGAGACUCUCUGUGUUCGGCUGUCAGAAUGGCUGUGUGGGACUGGCUCAGGUCAGCCAGACUGAACCAGAGGUUCUGCAGAGCUGGCGGUUCCAGUUUGACAGUCCCAUCUCUUCUGUGCUGCUGUUCCCUCUGAGCUGCCCCAGUGGAGAGGAAGGUGUGGAAAUAAAAAGUUACAACCUUCUGGUAACCAGCACUAUAGAGAUGGCAGUUGUCUACAGAGAUGUGCAGGAGCGAGGCCUGUCCCGCUCCGUGUGUCUCUCAGAGAGCGAUCAGUGGGACGCAGUGCUGUGUGCUCUGGUCAUCGACCUGGACUUUGACGGUCAGAAGGAGGUGCUGUUGGGAACAUAUGGGCAGGAAAUGCUUUGUUACAAAUUCCAGCCGGCAGGGACGGGAAGAGAGGAAGAGUUUCAGCUGCAGUGGAGGCGGAGCUUCAAGAGUCCUCUGCUGUCCAUCAUCUACUUAGACCUGACUGGCGACGGUUUGAGAGAGCUGGCUGUCCUCACACUUAAGGGACUGCAUAUUUUACAGCACACUCUCCCCAGCACUGCUGAUCUGGUCCUUAAGCGGCUCGCCCUGAGGGUGUCAGCACUCACAGCGGGCUCUGAUCUGCAGUCAGCCAAAGAGCCGGACACUGAGGGGGACGAGGCUCCAGCCAGAGAGGAGGAGUGUGCAUCUCAGACAUCAAGCUAGGAGAGACAGUGCCUUUGUGUCCAUGAGUAAGUCCUGAAGACUCAGAAUGGAGUUAUUUACAGGUGGAGCGUGAAGGAUUUUGUGCAUUCCUAAACACUUACUUUUAGUUGUGUGGACAGGAACCAGCCAUCACAUUAAGCACCCAGAACAGUAAGGCACUGUUUUGUGGUUGAAAGCUGGCUGUAGGGGACGGUAAAACAAACUGAUUGAAGAGCCCACAUUAAGGUGUGAGGUGAGGUAAACGGUGUACAGUCAUUUGCAGAUAAUAAAUCACAUUUGGUUCUACACACUUA